UGGACAACUUCUCGGUAAAUUCUGCUUUCUCAGUUAUUCAGAGAACUAUUGUACCUGAUUUGAAUCAUAUUUUCAUAUUUUUGCCUGUUAGAUCUCCGACAUUCCGAAGGCCUUGCCAGUCUGCAACCUUCUUCCGUCGCUCAAUCUCUCCCCGCCUGCUUGAACUGUUCCGGUCAAUAGCACUGCACCCCGCAGGCUUGCGAAACUUCAAACGGGUGUUCUCCAGCCAGUCACUGGCCAUAUCUCCCAAAUGGGAUUCUUCACAGGCUUUGCGAGUGGAUUCGCCUUGACCACGACCGUCCUCUACCUGACCGUGCAAGUCCAUCGGUACAACCGUCUCGAGCAGCGCAACGCGAUCCGCGACCAGACCCGCGCGUUGACCUGGCUGGCCUCGUCGACCGGCGCCUACGAUCGCCGCUUGAUCCCCAGCGAGACCGAGAAGCUGCAGGAGCUGCCGCCCAAACGCACCCAGCCGACGCUGUCCGAGUUACUCAAGCACCGCUGGAACACGGAGGUGGAGACGCUGGCGAACAAGGCCUACGAGGCUAGCUGGGAGGACGUGCGGGAUAUGGCGGUGGAAGGGUGGAGCUCGGCCAUGAGGCUGGUGAAGAACGAGUAGAGGGGGUAUGGAUGUGGUUUUGUCUUAGAAGGGGUUUUGAUUUUGUUAUGUGUGUCAUGCUUGGGCUUGUAUGCUAUCGGGAGUGGUUUGUGUCUCUG